AAAGGUUGUUGGUUUUCAAAAAAGGUUGGGCCUAUGAGUUGGUAGCAUGAGCGUUUCAGGCUAGAUUUGUUCUUUUCAAGAAAAAAAAAAAAGGCUAGACUUUUUCUCUGUGAGCUUGGAGUUUGACUCUUCGAGAGAAAGCGCAGCGCAGUGGUAAUGUAAUUUCGCUCCGGAGUUUUGAGUAUGAGGGACGGGAACGAGGAAGCGUUCCAAGUUUGCAAAUCAGCAAAAGCAAGCGAGUCCUGCAGAAGAUUCUGAGCGUGUUGCCAGCUUCAUCCAUGUCUCUCUCUCAGGUUGGAUACUUGGUUCCGCUAAAUCAAAAUUUUGAGGAAGAAGCUUCCGUUCCCAAGUUACUUAUCUCAGAUGGCACAAAUGUUAUUGGACGGUGCAACAUUCCUGUUUCGGACAAGAGACUGAGCCGCAAGCACCUCACUCUAACUGCUGCUGCGGAUGGCUCUGCCAAUUUGCUCGUUGAGGGGACGAAUCCAGUGGUUGUAAAUUCUGGGAAUAAGAGAAGGAAGCUGAAUUCUCAAGAAGAAGGUACCAUUUCCGAUGGUGAUAUAAUUGAGCUCAUUCCCGGUCAACAUAUUUUUAAAUAUCAGGUGUUGAAUGGUGAGAAAAGAUCUUCAAGUGGUAGAAACAAUGAGGCUCAACCAUCAUUCAGAGAUAAAGCUUCAGGCAGGCUUUCCCAGGAUAAGAUUGAAGCUUGCAGCAAGAAACAAGGAAGAAAUGCAGCGGCUGGGAGUUCUCGGUCGAGUAAAGACAGUAGUGUGGAGGCCAUACGUAAUUUCCAUGUCCCUAACGACCAAAUACCUUCCACCUUUAGACUUUUGCGUGUGCAAGGGUUACCCACUUGGGCAAAUACUUCUUGUGUUUCUAUAGGUGAUGUUAUUCAGGGGGAUAUUCAAAUUGCUAUUCUUUCAAACUACAUGGUGGACAUUGACUGGUUGGUUCCCGCAUGUCCUGCACUUUCUAAAGUUCCCCAUGUGCUUGUUAUUCAUGGAGAAAGUGAUGCGAGGGUGGAUUACAUCAAGAGAAACAGACCUGCAAACUGGAUUCUGCACAAACCACCACUGCCAAUUUCAUUUGGGACACACCAUUCAAAGGCCAUGCUGCUUAUAUAUCCUAAAGGAGUAAGAGUCAUUGUGCAUACAGCGAACUUAAUUUAUGUAGAUUGGAACAAUAAAAGCCAAGGUUUGUGGAUGCAAGAUUUUCCAUGGAAGGAUCAAAAUAGUCUGAGCAAGGGAUCUGGAUUUGAAAAUGACCUGGUUGAAUAUCUCAAUAUGUUGAAGUGGCCAGAAUUCUCGGUCAAACUUCCGUCACUUGGAAACUUCAGUAUAUGUCCAUCUUUCUUCAAGAAGUUUGAUUAUGGUGAUGCAAGGGUUAGAUUAAUUGCAUCUGUACCUGGAUAUCAUUCUGGUGCUGGUUUGAAAAAGUGGGGACAUAUGAAGCUGCGUUCUCUGCUCCAGGAGUGUACUUUUGAUGAAAAGUUUAAGAAAUCUCCGCUUGUUUAUCAGUUCUCCUCCCUUGGCUCUUUAGAUGAAAAAUGGAUGGCUGAGUUGGCUUCAUCAAUGUCAGCAGGUAUCUCUGAAGAUAAAACACCCCUUGGUAUGGGGGAGCCUCAAAUCAUAUGGCCUACAGUUGAAGAUGUUAGAUGCUCCAUAGAGGGCUAUGCAGCUGGAAGCGCUAUUCCAAGUCCUCAGAAGAAUGUGGAGAAAGUGUUUUUGAAGAGGUAUUGGGCAAAAUGGAAAGCAGACCAUACCGGUCGUAGCCGUUGUAUGCCACAUAUAAAGACUUUCGCUCGUUACAAUAAUCAGAAUCUUGCUUGGUUCUUGUUAACUUCGGCAAAUCUUAGCAAAGCCGCAUGGGGAGCUCUCCAGAAGAACAAUACUCAGCUGAUGAUUCGGUCAUUCGAGCUGGGAGUGCUAUUUCUACCAUCAUUAUUCAAACGACAUGGAUUUGCAUUUUCCUGUACCAGUAAUGUAGUAUCUAAGGAUAAAUGCUCAUCAAAGGAAACUUCUGAAAUGAAGAAAACAAAACUAGUGACCCUACCUGGGCUGACAAGGGAGAAAAUGCAUUCAUCUUCUGAAGUUGAUAUCCCAUUACCUGUGCCUUAUGAGCUCCCUCCACUGCCUUAUUCUUCUCAAGAUGUCCCCUGGUCUUGGGACCGGCAAUAUGUUAAGAAAGAUGUCUAUGGUCAAGUUUGGCCGCGUAUGUAAGCAUACCAAAAUUGAUGACAUUCUUAGUGUACAUAACCAUUGGACUCCUCUCCUUAGUAGAGAUAAUGGUGCUAUUGUUUUUGCAGCCAAGAGUUUCCUUAUGACAAGGUGUCUCAUUUUCCUUCGACACAGGUUUCUUUUUGUGUAUGUUUUUGUCAAA